UAAGAGUUGUCAAAUGCUGGAAUUCACUGCCGGCCGAGCUAGUCCAAGCGACUUCUCAGGAAUCCUUCAAGAGGCAACUUGACCUAUUCUUAAGGACCAAGGACAGCAUCACACUAUGAUUUACCAAUUUCUUUUCCUGUUUUAUUGUUAACAUACCUAGGUUCCUGCCUGGAGGAUUUGGUGAUCCCCUGCUACUAGACACGGAAGCCUGUUAAGCGAAAGCUUCUUCUAUUCCGUCCACAACCAUUUUGAACCAUUUUGAACAAAGAUAUAAGAUAUUGUCAGAUUGAAACACAAUUAGCUGCGCGAUACGAGUUAAGUGCUGCAUGUCGGGUUUAAGGAAACCACGGCUACCCACGCUCUUCCAGAAUGAUAUAAAUAGGCAUAAAGCUACGCGCUUUGAUUACUGAUUAUAACUGAAAAUGUCAGUACUUCAGUAUGUACCUUUCGAAACAGUAGUAGACACCUCAUUCUGGCAUGGUUUAGCUGAUCGGAAGCUCAAUGAAUAUCGUCUUUCCGAAGGCCCUUUUGAAAUAUCAGCACAAUUCACAAAUAGUCAUGCUAAUGGCGUUUCCCCCAGGCUGUCGAUUGACGUCACGUCAUUUUGCGAUAGUAAUGUCAAAAGAAGUCAUACAUCAACGACCUUCAACAUUUAUGGAAGCCUAUUAUGCCUAAAUAGCUUGGAUGAGUUUAAGAACGUCGACAAACAAUGUCUUCUGAAUGAGCACGGUAAGAAAUUCAUGACCGAAGCCGUUUCACAGAAUGAAUUUUUGAGGAAGCCUGGUUUACUUCUCCGGUUCAUCCUUUUGACAUACUGUGACUUGAAAAGAUACAAAUUUUACUUUUGGUUUGCUUUUCCUGCCGUCUUACAUUCCGUUCAGCCAAUAGUUACGUCUACUCGGAGUAUUAGGGAGGAGUUUACUGAGGAUCAACGUGUACUCAUUUUCCGUUCAUUUGAUUGUUGGCGCAAAGAAAAUACUUCUCCAUUUUUUGUCUUAAAAUCACAACCGUCGCUUGAAGUCCUUCCGUUGUCUUGUUUCGAAUUGACUCCCUAUGUAUAUGUUGGUAUGUGUGAUUCUUCUGUAGACUCACAGUCACCUUGCUGGCUAUUACGCAAUCUUUUAUACGCCAUGUCUUCUACCAUUAUUCAAACAGAAUGUUCUCUAAGGAUUUUAUGUCUCAGGGAUCGGUUCACUUCAGGAGAAAGAUUUUGGGAGCAUAGCAUCGUCAUACACAUCAAUAUACAACCCACAAAUCCGGCAUUUACUCAGUUUGUUGGCUGGGAAAAAUGGAAAAACAAAUUGAGACCACGUGUAGUAGAUCUUAGUGCAAGUAUGGACCCAGUUAAACUAGCUGAAUCGGCAGUAGAUUUAAACUUGAAACUAAUGAAGUGGAGGCUAAUGCCAGACCUAAAACUGUCAGUUUUUCGCGAUACGAAGUGUUUGUUGAUAGGAGCUGGUACUCUUGGCUGCAAUGUCGCUCGUCAGUUAUUGGCCUGGGGUGUUCGUCAUAUUACCCUGAUAGACAACAGCACAGUUUCCUUUUCAAAUCCUGUACGGCAGUCUUUGUAUGUUUUUUCUGACUCCGUGGGCUCUGUUAAAAACAAGGCAGUUGUUGCGGCCAAGGCGCUCCAAACAAUUUUUCCUGGGGUGAAUGCUCGCGGUUUUGAUCUUAGCAUCCCGAUGCCUGGACAUCCUGUAUCUUCUUAUAAUCGAUCUCAACAUCCACAAUUUUCCGAAUUGGAGCAGUCUGCAGAAGAUACUUGUUUCAAAUUAAGUGCUUUGGUUCACGAACACGAUGUGAUAUUCCUACUAACAGAUACUCGUGAAUCACGCUGGUUACCCACAGUUUUGGCGACUGCUCAUGGAAAACUGGCAAUAAAUGCCGCUUUGGGUUUUGAUACAUUUCUUGUUAUGCGUCAUGGUGUACGAGGUUCCUUUAAAUCCCCAAGUUCAAAUGUGGAUAGCCUUACUCCACAUAUUUCUUCCCUCAAUUUCGACGAAGUGAUUCCCAACAAUGAAGAUUCUUUCAAAAAGGCAAGAGCCAUAAGUGGUUCUUUUCUAGGUUGCUAUUUCUGCAAUGAUGUGAUUGGACCUAUGAAUUCAACACGCAAUCGCAGUCUCGAUCAACAAUGUACCGUUACUCGACCGGGAGUGUCUAUGGUCGCAGCUGCUCUCGCUGUUGAGUUGAUGAUCAGUGUACUUCAACAUCCACUCCUCUAUGAGGCCCCAGCAGAUACAUUAUCUCAAGAGUUUUCCAGCCUGGAUUCAACUAAACUGUCUCUCGGUGUUGUUCCCCAUCAAAUAAGGGGCUUUCUUUCUCAUUACACACAGGUUUUGCCUGCAACAUCGGCAUUCACCAAGUGCUCCGCAUGUUCUCAGUCUGUACUGGACGCUUACAUGAACAAUGGGUAUAACUUUUUACGACAGGUCUUUAAUGACGCUUCUUAUCUUGAAAGGAUAUGCGGUUUACAGAAUCUUCAUGAUGAAAUUAACAGUGAAUCAAUUUUGAUGCUAAGUGACGCUGAUGACUGACACUUAUUUAUCUGAGUUCGUCUUUUCUUAUUUUAUGAAGGGUUGAAAUCAUGCUAAGAUUGUCUUAUUAAUUUUUAUCUCAAUGAACACUACUUCUGUAUAGCUCAAUAAUUUUUGUGAAUAUAUUGAAGUACCAACUUUGACUUUUUGAUACAAGUGCUGUUUCAUUCAGUAAGUACUACAUGUCAUCUGUUUUUUCUGCCCAAGUUCUUGAGUCAUUUCUCUCUUAAGAAUUUAUGCAAAUUUCCGAGCAGUGACAUGGUUCAGACAAUUUACAUUUUCUUACCGUCAGAUUACAAUUCAUACUACUUGCACUUUCGUUUGGACGACCAUAUUGGUUCUGCCUUCUUUACCCCUAAUUGCCGAAUUUGUAUGUGGUUGUGUAGAUGGAUUGUCAUUUGUAUGAGUUUACGCCUUUUCAGCCUUCUUUCUUGUUAUGUAAAGUGUUGAAUAUAAAGUUAAAUAAUCACUCAGUAGACUUCUGAGAUAUUUAUACAAUUGUAAACUGGUCUACAGUUAUGGCUACACCAUGUGGACAUUAAAAUAAUUUGGAUAUGCGAAUAAAAAAGAUGUAAGCGGUUUGUAACAUAAUCUAGGUUUAAAGACGUAUAAAAAUAGCACGAGAAAACUAUUUGAUCUGGUUAUUCCAAAUUCCGAUGCUUAUCAAUCUUUAAAUUUAGUAAUUCCUUCAGAGUUGAGUGACGUAACUCAACAUAUUUAAAAUUCGAGAGGUCUGAACUGUUAUUGUCACAACACUCUUUAGCGGUAGUUUUACAUCUACUUGUAUUGUGGAGUUCAUCCUCCACUACAUAAAACUAAAUUGGGUUUAUCGUUCAGUUCGAAUCAUUACCAUUUUUAAUUUGACUUUCGUGACUAGUGAUACAGUAUUAUGGAAUGUUCGCACAAUUUUCUCCUUUCUUCAGCCGAGCCACCGACACUUCACUCAUAAAUUGUCAGAAGUGUUUAGAGAAAGGUCACUGGACUUAUCAAUGUACAAAUCAACGAAAGUAUCUCAAACGCGAAUCAUACACCAGUAUACUAGUGAAAAAGCUUGAAACUCAGAAAAAGUCAAAGAUUCAAAAAAAAACAAACAACGCUGAAUCAUCAUCCUCAAGCUCUAGUUCGUCCUCUGACUCUUCGACUUCAAGUUCUGGGGACGACUCUGAUGAUGGGGAAUCUAGCUCAGAAUGUAGUUCAAGCAGUAACGGAGAUUCUAGCGACGACUCAUCUUCCAGUACUUCCUCAUGUUGCGAAAGCAGCCGAUCUUCUUCCUCCACAAGUUUAAAGCGCAUAAAGGAAUGAUCGUAAUGGUACUGAAAUUGUACAGUUAUUAUAAUAUAUUUUAAAUAUCUGUAGCUUUCUCACAACGAGAGAAAUGUGUUAAAUCGUUUACUAGGGCGUUGGUAUAAUGGAUUAGCAUCGUUAAAAUAAUGGGUUUGAUAAUUGUUAUUGAUCGGGAUUAUUGACUGACGUAUGGUGUUCAGAAGGAAUCUGUACUACGUAUCAUCGUCUUAAUCGCAUUUUAUUAGCUAGGGCAAUUGUUCGUCAUGUUUCUACAAUAUAAGGAAGGUUAUCUGGAUAUUUGUCAGACUGAAAGUAGCUGUGGUAAUAAUAUAUGUCAUGUUGUGGUUAGUGAAAAUAUUGUCAAACAAGACGAAAGCCUAUCACUUACAUUGGUUCAACUAGAUUUUAGGAAUUAGUUUUCAAAUAAGCCCCAUACACUCCUUUAGGCAAAAGUAAGAAAGAUUGGUUCAGCUUAGGGUUCCCUCAGAGAAUUAAAAUUAGUCUUCAAACUAACGAAAUCAGUAUCUGUGGUUCGGAGAUAAUUCAUUCGAAAUAAUCUACAUCACCUAACAAAUUCAAAUAUAAUGUCAUUAAUGGUUGAGAGUUAGUUGUUAUAUACAUGGAGUUUGUGGUUUUUAGGCUUUUAAUUACACUGAAGAUAAACAUUGUAGGACUGGGUGAGUGUUAAGCUUACUUGAAAGCAUGUCAGUCGCAUCUUCAUUCUGUAUGGGGCUCUAGAACAUUUAUUUGUGGUACCUUAUAUGAAACUUCAGUUAUUUAAAGGACGUCCUUAACUUCAUAAAGUGUUGUGGCGCUUCCCAAGAGAUAUUUUAAGGCACUAGAAAUUUAAGUAGGAUAAUACACUCAGGUAUAAGUUUUUCAAUAGUUACCUAAAAAUUAAGCGACCACUGAGACUUACCAAAGAUGUUCAUUACUAUACUCCCAGUCGUGUUGGAAGAUAUAGGCAUUCGAAUUGAAUCUCGUGUAGUCAUUAUAAUUUAUGAUUGAGGAUCUUGAAUGACGUGGCUGAAAAUUAGUGGUGGUGACAGUGAAAUUCAUUAUAGAUAUUCUGUAUCCUGAGCUUAGUAUCAUCUCCUUCAAAAUCUUCCGUCCCUUCCACACUUCCCUAUGCUUCGUUCCCCACUAUAUGUUCAUACCAGGCACUCAUUUUAUAACAUGAUACUGUAAAAACAAAGAACAGUUGUUUCAGUAUAUACCAAUUCUCCAAAUACCAUCUUAAUACUCAUGCUGCUUCGUUGGUCUGGACGUGGUAUGUAAGACUUAUCCUUUCUCUACCUCAUUUCCAUGUCGUCGUGCUAAGCUGACAUGAUAAAUUGAGCCAACGCACAGCCGUCCCCGGCUUCACGUUGGCGAUGUCUGACUGUCUUGAAUCUUAUUUGAUAAAGCUCACUGUUCUCACUUUUAGCAGAUAAGAUACAAAAAGACUAAGAUUUUUACGGCGAAUAUCAAUGUUUUCGUAAUCUUUCUGUUCAGGGUGGGGUUUGUGGAGAUUGUAAUAAAUUUAAUUUAUUAUUUAUUUGUUUGGACAUAAAUAUUGGUACAAGGGAGCACCAAAUAUAUAUGCGCCACACAAAACAAUGAGAAUGGGAAGAGAAAAAAGGGAGAUAAGGAGCGUGGAAAAAGAACAAUAACGGCCAGAUUAGUGUAGG